CGCUCCGCCAUUCCGUGCCAGCAGCGUCGUCUUGAGGAUGUGAGACAGAUCCUGACGGGGGACCGGCCAUGGCCAGCUGCUUACAACAUCGUCAUACUCCUCUGUCCUGAUUUCUAUAACAAGUAGAUCUAUCUUACAUCUGCACUUCCCCCACCCCAACCCCCGCCCCCCACGCCCUAUGCUCUCUCUCUCUUCGCAUCACCUCAUUUCAAUUUAAUGCCCCACCCCUGCUGCUCUUGCUCUCCUCCCCUCCCCCUUCGCUCCCUCCCUCCUCCAAGGGUUUUGUCCCUCGCCUUCAGAUCGUGGAGCCGGCACCAUGGAUGAAGAGUACGAUGUGAUUGUGCUGGGCACCGGGCUGAAGGAGUGCAUCCUCAGUGGGCUACUCUCCGUGGAUCGUCUCAAGGUGCUUCAUAUGGACAGGAAUGACUAUUACGGCGGAGCUGCUGCAUCUUUGAACUUGAACCAGUUGUGGCAGAAGUUCAGAGGGAAUGAGAAGCCUCCGGCGUCUUUGGGAUCCAGCAAAGAGUACAAUGUGGACAUGGUUCCUAAGUUCAUGAUGGCGAAUGGCGCUCUCGUGAGGGUGCUCAUCCACACGGAUGUAACGAAAUACCUGCUAUUCAAGGCCGUGGACGGCAGCUACGUCUACAAGCAGGGAAAGGUGUAUAAAGUUCCGGCCAACGACGUGGAGGCAUUGAAGUCGCCCUUGAUGGGGCUGUUCGAGAAGAGGCGUGCUCGCAAGUUUUUCAUCUUUGUGCAGAACUAUGACGAGGAGGAUGCCAAAACACACGAGGGAAUGGACUUGCGGACAGUAACAACCAAGGAAGUUUUCGAGAAGUUCGGGCUGGAUGCUAACACAGUAGACUUUAUUGGACACUCUUUGGCUCUGCAUCGCGAUGAUCGGUUCUUGUCGGAGCCAGCGUUGGACUUUGUGAAGAGAGUCAAGUUGUACGCCGAGUCGAUGGCACGGUUCCAGGGGGGGUCGCCGUACAUUUACCCGCUGUAUGGUCUCGGCGAGUUGCCGCAGGGGUUCGCCCGUCUAAGUGCAGUGUACGGAGGAACUUACAUGCUUGCCAAACCGGAGUGCAAGGUCGAAUUUGAUGAGAUGGGUCAAGUGAUGGGAGUUACAUCUGAGGGUGAGACGGCAAAGGCUAAGAAAGUCGUGUGCGACCCGUCAUACCUGCCGAAUAAGGUGAAGAAGGUCGGGAAGGUGGUGCGUGCUAUCUGCUUUAUGAGCCAUCCGAUUCCGAACACCGGGGACUCCGAUUCAGUUCAGAUUAUUCUACCGCAAAAGCAACUUGGCCGCAGAUCGGACAUGUAUGUGUUCUGUUGUUCUCACUCUCACAACGUGGCUCCGAAAGGCAAGUAUAUCGCGUUUGUUUCAGCGGAGGUGGAGACGGAGAACCCUGAGGCUGAGCUUCAGCCGGGGCUUGCACUGCUGGGGCAAAUUGACGAGAAGAUUAUUGACAUGUACGACAUGUACGAGCCAGUGAACGAUUCGUCGCUGGACAACUGUUUCAUUUCAAAGAGCUACGAUCCAACGACCCACUUUGAGACGACGGUGCAAGACGUGCUUUCGAUGUAUACAAGGAUUACGGGGAAGAAUCUGGAUCUGAGCGUAGAUUUGAGUGCGGCAAGCGCUGCGGAGGAGUAGUGGUGAAUGUUAGGUUCGAAGGCGUUUACUUUGAGUAGAUUGUGGGAGUCUGGUUAUUCUGCCAGGGUCUAUUGUUGACUACUUUUGUGUAAGGCUAUUCACAUUUUACAUGUUAAUUUAAUGUCAUGAACGACAUGCUUUCCUGUA